UCCAAUAAAGUCUCUUUGCUUUGUGGUUUUCAUGUUCUACACUUUACCAUUCUUGCAACUAAGCACAGUCAUUCAUCUUCACAUUCCAUUGUCUUUGCUCUUUAGUCUUUACCAAGAACAUGGCUGAAAUUGGCUAUGGCAUCGCAGUGAAGGUCCUGGAGCUGCUCAGAUCGGUUACUUUCCAAGAGAUCAGCUCGGCAUGGGGCGUCAAAAGUGAUCUGACAAAGCUUGAGCGCACCGUCAAAGCCAUCAAAGCUGUACUCUUGGACGCUGAGGAGAAGCAAGCAAGUGACCAUAGGCUGGGUGUUUGGCUAGGGGAGCUCAAAGACGUUCUUAAAGAUGCCGAGAAUGUGCUGGAUGAAUUUCAGUACAUAGUUCUGCAGAAGGAAGUCAUGAAGAGAAAUGGGAGCACUAGCAAAAAGGUGAGUCAUUUAUUUUCAAGUUCUAAUCCACUAGCAGUCCGUUUUGAAAUGGCACAUAAAAUCAAAGGUAUUAGGAAAAGGGUAGAUGAAAUUGCCGCUGAGAAAGAUAAAUUCAAUCUUGCUCAAGGACUUGAAGAUAGAAAGUUAAAUAUGCAGGAAAGGAGGGAGAUGACCCACUCUUUUGUUCGUCCUCGGAAUGUCAUUGGCAGGGAUGAUGCGAAAAAACAGAUUCUAGAUCUUUUGAUGCAGCAAGAUGCUGACAGAAAUGUCAAUGUAAUUUCUAUAGUUGGGAUUGGAGGUUUGGGGAAGACCACACUUGCCAAGUUGGUGUUUGAUGAUAAACAGGUAGUUAGUCAUUUUCAAUUGAGAAUGUGGGUGUGUGUGUCUGAUGAUUUUAAUGUUACAAGGUUGACAAAAGAAAUCCUUAAAUCUGCAAUUUUUAGGAUUGAUGAGAAUUUCCUUGUGGAUGGAUUGCCAAAUAGCUUAAAAGAACUUUUGAAAGAUAAGAAAAUUUUAGAGAAUUUGGGUGUUGAUGAAUUGCAAUGUCGACUAAGAGAACUUUUAAAAGAUAAGAAGUUUCUACUUGUCUUGGAUGACGUUUGGAAUGACGAACGUAAAAAAUGGAUUGAAUUGGAAGAUUUGAUACUUGGUGGUUGCAAUGGAAGUAAAAUCUUAGUAACAACACGUAAUAGCUCUGUUGCUACGAUUAUGGACACUACUUCCACAUACAAUCUAAAGGGUCUACCUGAAGAGGACUGUGUGUCUUUAUUUGUGAAAUUGGCCUUUAAGGUAGGACAAGAAAAUCAAUAUCCGAACCUCUUAAAUAUUGGAAGAGAAAUUGUCAAAAAAUGCAAGGGGGUUCCAUUGGCAGUGAGCACUUUAGCUGGCCUACUUUAUUCAAAAGUUGAUGAGCAUGAGUGGAAAUCUAUUAGAGAUAAUGAGAUAUGGCAAAUAGAACAAAAGGAAGGUGACAUCUUACCCGCAUUGAAGCUCAGUUACAAUCCAUUGCCAUUUCACUUGAAGCAAUGUUUUGCAUAUUGUUCUGUUUAUCCAAAGGAUUUUGAAUUCAAUAAUCUUCAAUUGAUUCAAUUUUGGCUGGCACAUGGAAUUCUUCAAUCCCCUGCCAAUGAAAGCCAAGAGUUGGAAGAUGUUGGUGACUUGUAUAUUAAAGAGUUGUUGUCGAGAUCUUUCUUUCAAGAUUUUAGUGAUGAGGAAUUGUUGUUUGCUUAUACCUUUAAAAUGCAUGAUCUGGUCCAUGAUCUUGCACUCUCAAUUGCCCAAGGUGAGUGUUCAGUAGUGACCAAGAAGUCUAUCCUUGCUGCAGAAGUUUGUCAUUUGUCAUUUUCAGAGAAUGGGAAAGAAGUUACGACACAAUUAGAGAAGUUGAGCAAAGUCCAGACUAUUAUUUUUAAAACAGAGCAACCUGCGUCCUUACUUGAAGCAUGUAUUGCAAGAUUUAAGUACUUGAGGGUGCUUUGUCUAGACGAUUCAUCCUUUGAGGUGUUGCCAAGUUCCAUUGGAAGUUUGAUACAUUUGAGAUAUCUUGACCUAUCAAAUAAUUGCAUAAUCAAGCAACUUCCAAAUUCUAUUUGCAAGCUGCACAAUUUGCAAACUUUACUGCUAGGUGGUUGUAGCAAUCUUGAACGGUUGCCCAAAGAUAUAAGGGACAUAAUCAGCCUCAGGCAUUUGUAUGUUACAACAAAGCAUACCUGCUUGUCGGAGAAGGCAGUAGGUUGCUUGGAUUCUCUUCGAUUUUUGUUUAUAGAUGAAUGUGACAAUCUAAAAUGUCUGUUUGAAGGGACGGAGGGGCGCCUCACCAAUCUUCGAACAUUGUUUGUUGUAGAAUGUCCAAGUUUGACCACUUUGUCACUCAGUAUCAAAUACCUAACUGCCCUAGAGCACCUGUUCAUUGGGCAUUGUAAAGAGCUUAGUUUGACGGAUAAAGAAGAAAAUCAAGAUCUCAAGUUAAGCCUCCGAUGGUUGAUGAUUGGGAAGUUACCUAAGUUGGAGGUUUUGCCCCAGUGGCUCCAAGCAUCUGCCAACACUUUACAGCACUUAGAGAUUGAAGAUUGUUAUAAUUUCACCGCUUUGCCUGAGUGGCUACCACAUCUGAAAUCUCUUCAGAAACUUAGAAUUAAAGAUUGCCCUGUUUUCUCAUCUUUCCCGAAGGGGAUGCAAGAUCUCACUGCACUAAGAGAAAUUCGGAUUCAGAAUUGUGAAGAGCUUAUUUUGACGAAUAAAGAAGAGAAUCAAAAUAUCAAGUCAAGCCUCCGAUUGUUGAAGAUUGAGAAUUUACCUAAGUUGGAGGUUUUGCCCCAUUGGCUCAAAGAAUCUGCCAACACUUUACAGCACCUAGAGAUUGAAGAUUGUUGUAAUUUCACCGCUUUGCCUGAGUGGCUGCCACAUCUGAAAUCACUUCAUACACUUAGAAUUAAAGAUUGCCCUGUGUUCUCAUCUCUCCCAGAAGGGAUGCAAGAUCUCACUGCACUAAGAGAAUUUCAGAUUGAAAAUUGUCCUAAGUUGAGUAGAAAGUGCAGAGAAGAAGUUAGGCACAAGAUUGCUCAUGUACCAAACAUUGAUUUCGAUGAGUAUUUCGAAAGAGAGAGAUGGCGACAUCAGCGUAUAUUUAGAAGGAGAAGUUUUUGAGGAGUUCAACACAAGUCACAAUCAAUAGAGUCUAAAUGUUGCUCAAUUCAAAGUCACAUGUUCCUUCCAUAAUUCAUAGGAUUAGCAUUGAAGCCCAAAUUAGAACAAUUGAAGUUGCCCUACAAAUGACUAUGGGAGAAAAAGUAAAGUUGCAUGAGUUGAGGGGAUUUAUUUUUUAUAGAAUAUUUAGGUUUAUUUAUCAAAUACAAUGAUGAGGUCAAUUUGGAUGGGGAGACUUUUUUUUCCCCUGAAGUUUAACUCUCCAAACUCGCUUGUUAGUUUUAUGAGUUUUUUAAUUUUUUGAGCUCUUCUUUAUAUCAUCAUAAUAGAGGGAAAAGAUUGUAUCA